AUGGAUGAAGUACUAGUAAAGGAGACAGUAGGGGAGAAAUUAGGAGAGAGCAGUGUUAAGAAAAUUUGGAGAGAAAAGCUUGUUCAGGAGGAAAACUUAGUCAAACUCCUUGUUCUGCUGCAGCUGCUGCUACUUCACCUUGGAGAUCCAGUAAGAGGCUCUCCACAGUCCCCAUUUUGUGAUAGCCACAUCUUGGAAAGGUACAUCCUUGAGGCCAAAGAAGCCCAGAAUGCCACGGUAGCCUGCAUGGAAGAUUGCAGCCUGGGUGAGAACAUCACAGUCCCCGAUACCAGGGUGAACUUCCAUACCUGGAAGAAGAUGGAGGUGGGGCAGAAGGCAGAGGAGGUCUGGCAGGGGUUGACCCUGCUCUCUGAAGCUGUCCUAAAGGGGCAGGCCUUGCUAGCCAACUCCUCCCAGACACCAGCAGCUCUAAAGCUCUUUGUGGACAAAGCAGUCAGCAGCUUGAGAAGUCUCAGAUUCCUGCUUCGAGAACUGGGAGCACAGGAGGAAGCUGUCUUUGUUCCAGAUGCCCCAACAGCAGCUCCAUUUCGUACCUUCACUGUUGGGACAAUGGACAAACUUUUUCGAAUCUACUCCAAUUUCCUAAGGGGAAAACUCAAGCUAUUUUUGAGAGAAGCCUGCCAAAGUGAGGAGAGGUGA